UGUCAGUAGGGCAGCGAUCUCUCCGGCACAUGCAGAGCGCACAUGCACGAGGCAGCUUUUCACCCCGCGCUCGAAUAAGCACAUCUAAUACCCCAGCUCAAAUGAAAGUGCGCGGUGUCACACUAAAGCAGGGCGAGAAAACGGAGUUAGAGGGGCACGCAAGUCCAAAGGAACCACACGCAUUCUCAAUAGGGUCCCUUAGUGGCACUACCCAAGUCACCUGAGCGGGACGGAUGUGGGUGUGAGAGGUGUGAGAUGUGUUAUCGCUAGGGUGGGGUGCUCAAGUUUUGACAGUCCGUCCCUGUACACAGUCGUGGCAAGAUUUACUCUGAAUUCUUCACUAUAGGAUACAACACGGCGCGCGUGCCAGACCCGAGACGUUAUUACACCGGCAAAGAUCUAGACAGUGAGAAGGAACUGCAGAAAGCUCGGCGCACCUGACAGAGCUCGGGCUUUAUUUUGCACACUUAUCUCCUGUUUUGUAUGCACUACUGUUUAUUCUUCCUUCUGUGCAUUCGUAUUUAUGACUUUUUCACCGGUUUCGACCCGCGCACUUAUUCGACACCUCUUUCGCCUAAUUCGACAUAUGCACAUAUUGAGGAUCUGAGCCUGAAAUAAAGGCAAUAAUCGACAAAAAGAUCGAACAAGACAUAUAUCAAGGAUGGAUAGCAACCCUGGAAGUGUUAUCCUGUAUGCUGGCUCCAGUGGCAGUGCCAGCCCAAGCCCAGGAAGCCCGUCCAGUGGGUACCAGACCCAGUCGCCCUCCACACACUCACAGCCUUCAUCCCCAGAGGAGGUCACCUUCACAGAGAUUGGCGCUCUGAAACAACAUGGCAGCAGUGGGACCCCCUCCUCUCCCAAACUGGUUUUUCAGUUCCCAGAGAUCUACAGCAGCUCAACAGCAUCUUCCAACCAGAAUACUUACUCCCAUCCCAUUGCAGGAAAGAGGCCAUGUGGCUUUACUGGCACCUUCACCAAAGCAGGAGGUAUGGUCCUACUCUGUAAAGUGUGUGGUGACAUCGCAUCAGGCUUCCAUUAUGGAGUUCAUGCAUGUGAGGGCUGCAAGGGUUUCUUUCGCCGCAGCAUUCAGCAGAACAUUAACUACAAGAUGUGCAUGAAGAACGAGAACUGCUUGAUCAUGCGCAUGAACCGCAACCGUUGCCAGCACUGCCGCUUCAAGAAGUGUUUGGCCGUGGGCAUGUCCCGUGAUGCUGUACGCUUCGGCCGCAUCCCUAAACGCGAGAAGCAGAGGCUGCUGGAUGAAAUGCAGAGCUACAUGAACAGCCUGAAUGAGUCAGCCAGCUUGAACAUGGCCUCCUCCCCUCCUUGUGACCCCCCAGCCAGCCCUAUGGAGAUCCAACCCAAAGAAAUUAUUGGCUCCAUGGCAAAAGCCUAUCAGGACAUCUUCCCAAGUGCUCCCGAACGUCUGACAAAGAGGGCAGCUGGCAUCAACACCGGCAGCAGUGUGCCAACUUCCUUUCAGAGCGCCACCUCUCAGGAAAGCAGCUUCUCCCAUGUCAAUAGUCCUGCAACAUAUCACUCUGGUGUACCUGUGGGUUACACAGUAUCUGGUCUCUGCCCUGGACAGCAAAUGCCCAAUGAAAACAAAUGCCCAAUAUCCUCAGUGGAUAACGGUCACUAUCAAAACCAUGCUCCAUCCAAUCAAAUCCCGUGCCAGUCUACAGUUAACACAUCUCCGCAGGCCAAUUACGGCAAUAGCUAUGCAGCUGGGGAGAUGCAGGCUCAGACCUCAUGCCCAUGGAAGCUGGUCGCAGGCUCCAAAGUACUGGCCUGCCCUCUGAAUGCAUGCCCAGUUUCAGCGCCAGGCGUCUCAAGCCAGCAGGUGUGGGAGUCUUUCUCUCAGUGUUUCACCCCUGCAGUGCGGGAGGUGGUGGAGUUUGCCAAGGGCAUCCCAGGGUUUCAAGACCUGUGCCAACAUGACCAGAUCAUGUUGCUCAAAGCGGGCACCUUUCAGGUGCUGAUGGUAAGGUUCUGUUCGCUGUUUAACCCAAAGGACCGGACGGUGACAUUUCUAAAUGGGCAGGCCUACCCGCUGGCCACACUGCGGACAUUGGGUAUGGGCUCGCUGCUGGAUGCCAUGUUUGACUUCUCUGAGAAAUUGGCCUCGCUCAGCCUGGAAUCUGAUGAGAUGGCACUUUUCAUGGCAGUGGUCCUAGUCUCUGCAGAUCGAACUGGUGUUUCUGACACAGCAGCUGUGGAGCAGUUACAGGAGAGCCUGAUACGGGCGCUGCGAGCCUUGGUUUACCGUCGUCAUCCUGAUGACAGUGCACUUUUCCCCAAGCUGUUGCUGCGUCUGCCAGACUUGCGCACCCUCAACACCCUGCACUCAGACAAGCUGCUCAACUUCCACAUUGACCCAUAAAAACUAUGACGUGCCAUGACUGGUCAUUACAAGGAUGACUUCUCAUUUAGCAGAAGACAAUAAGAGUGGAUUGUGCUAGGGAACAUUUCACCAUUUCUGUUAUCAACUUGGUCAAAUUGUAAGAAUUAACAGAAACACUUUUGUGUGAUUGGGUGGACAUGGACAUGGAAAGAUGUUUGUCUCAACAGAUUAGAGACAAGAUCUACUCUUCUUUCCAUGUUAUAUUUCUCCACACCAUAC